GUCACAUGUGUUUGUGGAGACUGGGGAACCUGCUCACAAUGAGAUCGGCUGUGGGGCUCCUGUGUGUUCUCUCAGCUCUUGUACCAACAGGUGACUGUAUUUCAUGUGUAGCUUGUAUUGAGUUGGCUUCAACAUCUUGCAGAGGGAAAAGUAUGGAGUGUCCCCCAGGAGCAGUUUGUGGUACUUCCUUCCUAAAAGCCUCAGAUAUGCUAAAGGGUGUCAUAAGAUCCUGCUUUCAGCAAAGUGACUGCAAGAAAAAUGGGACGUUUUCUGUCGAGGACUAUAAAGGAAAGCAGACGGUCUCCUGUUGUGCCACCAACAACUGCACUCCUCCUAAACCCACAUGGAAUGACUCCCCAGAUAUCAAACUAAAUGGACUGAUGUGCCCAAGUUGUGUCUCUUUCUCUAAUGGCUGUUUUGGUACAGAUCAGGUUUCAUGUUCCGGCGAUGAGAAUUAUUGUUUUACUCAGUCCCUUCGCACCUCAGGGCCAUUCUCUGUUACAUUGAGUGGUUGUGCCACAGAAAGUCUCUGCCAAAUGGGCAAUGGCUCUGUGAACCUGGAUUCAAAGACAAAUAGUACAGUGCACUGCACCAAGGCAAACAUCGGCGACGCAAAAACCACAGAGCUGACAGUCACCUCGGAUCUGAAAACCAACAGUACAGAGCACGGCACCAGAGUAAAUACAGGCAACGCCAUAAAGUUGGCUGCCACAGUCAUGGCUACAAUUAAAAGUGGAGAUGCUGGAAGCGCUGGUACCUCAAGUUCCACCUCAAUUCUUCAUUCUUCUCUGGCCUCCAUUCUGUUUUUAUGUCAAUCAGCUAUUUUACUUUCAUUAUCAUCAAUAAACCUCUAAUAAUAAAAA